CCGAUCCCCUGGUCCUCCUUUCAUUCUGCCCGGACCGGAAAUCGCCCAGGUAGACGGAGCUGCGGCCGGGAAGAUGGCGGGAGCGGACGGAGAUGACUCGCUGUAUCCGAUUGCCGUGCUCAUCGAUGAGCUGAGGAAUGAGGACGUGCAGCUGCGUCUUAACAGCAUUAAGAAGUUGUCUACUAUAGCCUUGGCCUUGGGUGUUGAGAGAACCAGAACAGAGCUUCUUCCUUUCCUGACCGAUACCAUAUACGAUGAAGACGAGGUGCUCUUGGCUCUUGCGGAACAGUUGGGCAGCUUUACCACCCUCGUGGGAGGUCCUGAGUUUGUCCACUGCCUGCUGCCUCCCUUGGAAAGCUUAGCUACUGUUGAAGAGACAGUUGUACGAGACAAGGCAGUGGAUUCAUUGAGGAAGAUCUCUCAUGAACAUUCUCCUGUCGACCUUGAAGCUCACUUUGUGCCCCUGGUUAAAAGACUAGCCAGCGGAGACUGGUUCACUUCUCGUACUUCUGCAUGUGGUCUUUUCAGUGUGUGCUAUCCCAGGGUGUCUAGCACCGUGAAGGCAGAGAUAAGACAGCACUUCCGAAACCUGUGCUCAGAUGACACACCCAUGGUACGGCGUGCUGCUGCGUCCAAACUGGGCGAGUUCGCAAAAGUCCUUGAACUUGAAUAUGUGAAAAAUGACAUAAUUCCACUCUUUACCAACCUGGCUUCAGAUGAGCAAGACUCUGUGCGUCUCUUGGCAGUGGAGGCCUGCGUCAGCAUUGCUCAACUGCUUCCCGAAGAAGACCUGGAGGCUCUGGUGAUGCCAACAUUACGGCAAGCAACGGAAGACAAAUCCUGGCGUGUCCGCUACAUGGUAGCAGACAAAUUUUCAGAACUUCAGAAAGCAGUUGGUCCAGAGAUCACAAAAAACGACCUUGUUCCCGCUUUUCAGAACCUGCUGAAAGAUUGUGAGGCAGAAGUUCGGGCAGCAGGAGCCCAUAAAGUUAAAGAAUUCUGUGAAAAUUUGCCAGCCGAUGGAAGAGAGACAAUCAUAAUGAAUCACAUUCUGCCCUAUAUAAAGGAGCUGGUUUCGGACACCAACCAGCAUGUUAAAUCUGCUUUGGCCUCUGUAAUCAUGGGAUUAUCCACAAUUUUAGGCAAAGAUAAUACAAUUGAACAUCUCCUACCUCUGUUCUUGGCUCAGCUGAAAGAUGAGUGUCCCGAAGUACGAUUGAACAUCAUAUCGAACCUGGACUGUGUGAACGAGGUGAUUGGAAUCCGCCAGCUUUCUCAGUCUCUCCUUCCAGCCAUUGUGGAGCUUGCUGAGGAUACAAAAUGGCGGGUGCGACUAGCAAUCAUAGAGUACAUGCCACUCCUUGCUGGCCAGCUGGGUGUGGAAUUCUUUGAUGAAAAGCUAAAUUCUCUGUGCAUGGCUUGGCUUGUUGAUCAUGUUUAUGCCAUCCGAGAAGCUGCCACAAACAAUCUCAUGAAGUUGGUGGAGAAGUUUGGUGCAGAGUGGGCCCAGAAUACAAUUGUUCCCAAAGUUUUGGCCAUGGCAAAUGAUCCCAACUAUCUUCACAGAAUGACAACCCUUUUUUGUGUUAAUGCCUUGUCUGAAACCUGUGGGAAAGAUAUAACCACGAAGCUGAUGCUUCCAAUUGUUUUAAAAAUGGCAGCUGAUCAAGUGGCAAAUGUGCGUUUUAAUGUGGCUAAAUCACUGCAAAGAAUAGGACCAGUACUGGAUAGCAACACGUUGCAGUCUGAGGUCAAGCCUGUAUUGCAGAAGCUUGGGCAGGAUGAGGACAUGGACGUGAAAUACUUUGCCCAGGAGGCAUUGACCGUUCUUGCAUUGGCGUAACGAAGAUGCUGGUGAUCCCCACCCCCAUUGUUUGUUCAGUAUGUAGUAAAACAAUUGUUUUGAAACUCUGCGGAACAACCUUUCAAGACCUCAAUUCUACAAAUGGCAACUACUGUUGGAAGACCACAUUCCCUCACAUGUGCCUCUUCUAAAAGACUUAUUUCAUUGUGUUAUUAUUUUUUCUUUUUAAAUGUGAUGGUUUUUUUUUUUGUUUGGUUUUUUUUAACAUUAUUUAUGAAUUUCCAAAUCACUUCGGUGCAGUUUAAUGGAAGUAGUAUUUACUGGUGGUGGUCAGUUCAACAACUAGGCAUCCGAAGAUAUUUUAAGUAACAAUAAAAUCAGACAAUACUUAGAAUAUGUGGAUUCUGGUAACAACUGCCUUAAAAUAUCACCUUAAGACGCCAUCAAUGUAAUCUUUAUUUUUGUUAAAUCACUUACCAACAUAGACAUCAUGUAAGCAGUAAGUUAAACACUGGUGUUGCAUUUAAAAUCUUCCCCUUUUUAUGUCACAUCUACAAAUAACUACAGCCUCCUUCCACUGACAGUUGGCAUUUACUACUGAAAUCUCACGAUUAGCAAAAGUUACUAUAGUGUCCCAUCUAUCUAGGUGCUCCUGCCCCCAAUGUGUGAGGGUUUGAAAGGGUGAGUAUUCCUUACCUUUUAGCUCUCGCUGCCAUUUUUACUAUUUGGCUGAGAUAAUCAGUGUUGAAGAUCUCAGCCAAUCCAAUGCUAUCCCAUUGGGAGGCUAGAGUGCAUUAGUGGCAAAACGCGGUGCUGUGCCAAUCAAAUGAGCACCAUUUGAUCUAUAACCAAGUUUUACACGGUUAUAGCAGAGGAAGCAGCCAGGUGACUGUCAAGGAAAAGCAGCAAUGUUUUACAUUGCAGGCUUGAGUAGACAAGGGCACUGCACCAAGACCACUUUUUUGAGAUGAGGUGGCCUUAGUUGUCAUUAGUGUCCCCUAAGUGCAAAAUCCCUUUUCAUGCGUCAUUGAUAUCGUUGCACUUGUGCCUGCUGAAACAGACAAUACGUCAUGUCCGCAAGAUAAUAGAGUAAAUGUGAGCUGGCACAGGAAGUAGGCAAAAAAGACAUGGAUAAACCUUUAAACACAAGAAGAGUGUUCUUUAACUCACCGGUUGAAUUAGUUUUACAUUGUCAUUAAUGCAUUUUAACUAGAUAUAUUAAUAAACUUGACAUAAAACAGAUCAGUUUUCCUGUAAAUAUGGUCAUUUAUGGAGGAUCAUACUGCUGUAAAAUAGAGGGAACCGUUUGGUGGCUCAGUUAAGGAAAUUUACAAAUUAAUUAACCACCACUUAAUUCCUUUAUCAGAUUAAAUUGUAACCUCUCCCCUGAUGCUUUGAGCAUUAUGGGAAAUGUAGUCCAUGAUAUCUGGAGUGCCGAAGGUUGCCUAUUCUUGCCAUAUUCUAUAGAGAAGCAGGAGGUGGGACUUAACUAAGGUGGGUUAAAAUGUGUAUGUAAAGUCUGAACUUAUCGAACUUAAUGCCGUCCUGAAAAGAAGCCUUUUUAUGUUCUAAGGUUUCCAGCCGUAAAUGGUUAACUUACUAGAACCUAGUUCUUCGGAAAGCAACAAUGAUUUCACUGGGAAAUUGUUUUGCAUUAAACAUAAAAAAUGUUGUGACUUUACUUAACGUGUUGCAAACGAUGUGCAUUUUAAUAUUCAAUCUUUUAUUUGUUGCCGCCAUAUCCCAUGCCAUAGGAGAGGCCCUUGAAGUCUGUCUAGUAUAACUGUUUUACUGUUGGCUGAAGUUAAAUAGUUAAUGAACAAUGAUUUUCAUGCUUGUUUUGCAUGUAUGGCAUGAUCAGGGUUAACACCUGCCGACUGCUUAGCAGUGUGUUUUCGGGUCACAAUUUAGUUUCCGAUCUCCUUGGCGGAGAACACAGCAUUUUAUCUCUAUAUACAUUAGCUAGCUGGUCUGCUUUGCACCUGAUGCCUGGACAAAAGUUGCAUUUGUUUUGCAAAGUAUGUACUUCCCCUCUGCACUUGAAAUGUCGGAACAAAGCUGUCACUAAAUUACAAAACAAAACUGAGGUUCUUUUACUUUGGGACAUUCCUUGAAGGUUAACUCAAUAUUGACUGUAGAAAUUGUCAUGUAUGUGCUUGAUGAAAAAGGAAAUAAAACAUUAUUCAACUCGC